AUGGUGCUGCUGGAGCUCUGGGAGGCUUUGCCUGCGUCGCUGCAGCAGCGGCUGUCUCGCUUCAGGUGUACGUACACCCGGUACAAGUUCAAAGUGCUUCGCUUCGACCGCCGCACAGGCUUCUUCAGCGCAGGGCUGCCAAUGGCGCUGCUGGUGGGCUCCACUGUUGCUGCUGGGACUUUCAUUUUGGACAAACAAAUGGAAGUUCGCUACUGGCGGCGGCAGACAGUCUCCGAAAGAGAGCUGCAGCAGCAGCAGCAGCAGCAGCAGCUGCUGCUCUUCCUCGAGCAGACCACUCCCCCAGACCAGCUCGACAACUCCGUGCCCCUUCCCGGCAAAGACUGA